AUGGCAGGGACGCUGCCGAAUAAGACGAUUAUAUGUACUUUUGGGGCUCGAUUCAAAACAACUGCAGCGCGGCCCGAGGAAGGCCUCUGCGACAUCAUUUUCUUGGACUACUUCUACAGAUCUGAUAGGGGCACCUUUCUCAACCGCAGCUCGGCCGGGUUGAAGUGGUUUCUGGAAUUUGCCCGGAACGCCAACGGAACCACCCAAUUCGGAAUAGGAAUUGACCACGGCAAUGCCCUUGGAGCAUACAACGACCUCACCGAAGCCGAUGGUAUGAGCACAUUUUCAGACUUCUGGAAGAUGAACAUCAGGCAUUACGGACUGCUCAAGUUCCGAGUGCACGACGAUCUUGUAACCAAUAGGAAUACCGUCCAGGACUACGAUAAUCUUUUGAAGAAAUUGAGAGACCUCCAGGAAGUGAAUAGAGCCGGGGACGCCAAGAAAUUUGGAUACAUCAUCCUCGGCGUUGGCCUCUUUGCCCCCAGGAGCGGCAAAGUCUAUAACUACCUGGAAGAACUUCUUCGGAGGAGUACCGUUAACGCUUACAAAGCAAUAGCCAUUACUCUUACAGUUCGUGUUGUACGCAUGCUGAAAGCGAGUGAUGGCAACACUGGGUUAGUCUACGUUAGCGACCCUUGCCAAGAGUUAAAGUGA